AUGGCUGUCGACUCAAGGGACCGAGACGGCGACUCUGAGAUGGCCUCUUCUGUAGGCUCUCCCCACACGGAUUCCGAUCGCGUGGAAGCCGGUGCUUGCACGCCAACCCAUCACGCCCAAAUCGCCACAGCAUCAGAGCUCUCCCCUCCUGGCUCCCAACCCCAACAAAUACCCGAUAUCUCUACCACAACCGAGUUCAGGCAUCUGGGUGAGGCGGACGUUGGCCAACCUCCCGACAAGAACACCGACCCGCCUAUUGCGGCGUGGAAGAGCAAGCGUGCUCAGGAUGAGUACCAGCGGGCGAUGGAGCAGGUGAUCGAUAAGGACUUCAAUUUGAAUGAGUUCGGAGACCCAUUCGAUGAGCGCGACUUGGAGGAAAAACUCCUGUGA